UUAACGCCAAGGAGUCCAGUCGAGUCGGUAAUUAGGAGGUGAGUACGCGUCGCAUCGGUUGCGGCGCGACGGUCGAUAGCUCGAGCGACAGGCGGUGCUGGCCCGGGUCACGCCUGCUGCGAUCGAUAGUGACGCGGCGGGAGCACAAGCAAGCGAACAAGCAUUAAGCUCGUUGCCGUCGGCCUCCCAGUCAGUUCGCCACGCGACACCGCCGGCGAGUGGUGGGCGUCAACAACCUCGCGCCACGCCACGCUCUCAUGCGCCUACCGAACACGUCAUGAGCGGCGCCAAGCCCCGCACCGCGCCGCUUCUGCUGGCGUUAGCGGCUACCUUCCUACCCCAAGUUGAUCAUGUAGCGGGCGCUGGUGGCGGUGGUAUGUUUGGCGAUGUUAAUAUAUCGGCCAUUUUGGAUUCAUUUAGUAUUAGUUAUGACAAAAGAGUAAGACCCAACUAUGGAGGUCCGCCAGUGGAGGUGGGCGUCACCAUGUAUGUGCUCUCUAUCAGCUCCGUCUCCGAAGUGCUCAUGGACUUCACGUUGGACUUUUACUUCAGACAGUUUUGGACCGAUCCGCGAUUGGCGUACAAAAAAAGGACAGGAGUUGAAACGUUGUCGGUUGGCUCCGAAUUCAUAAAGAACAUAUGGGUGCCCGACACAUUCUUUGUGAACGAAAAACAGUCUUAUUUCCAUAUAGCUACGACAAGUAACGAAUUUAUACGUAUACAUUACUCUGGCUCAAUAACUAGAAGUAUAAGAUUGACUAUUACUGCGUCUUGUCCAAUGAAUCUGCAAUACUUUCCAAUGGAUCGUCAAUUAUGCCAUAUAGAAAUAGAAAGUUUCGGGUACACGAUGAGAGACAUUCGGUACCAUUGGAAGGACGGCCAUUCCAGUGUCGGCAUGAGCAACGAAGUUCAACUACCGCAGUUUCGGGUGCUCGGUCAUCGCCAACGCGCUACCGUCAUAACUUUGACGACAGGAAAUUAUUCAAGAUUAGCAUGUGAAAUACAAUUUGUGCGCUCUAUGGGCUACUAUCUAAUCCAAAUUUACAUUCCAUCGGGACUCAUCGUGAUCAUAUCCUGGGUGUCGUUUUGGUUGAACCGUAACGCCACUCCGGCUCGAGUGGCUCUCGGCGUCACCACUGUGCUGACAAUGACAACGCUUAUGUCAUCGACGAACGCUGCCCUACCAAAAAUUUCAUACGUAAAAUCAAUUGACGUCUACUUAGGAACGUGUUUCGUAAUGGUCUUCGCGAGUCUUUUAGAAUACGCAACUGUCGGAUAUAUGGCUAAGAGAAUACAAAUGAGGAAACAGCGAUUUGUGGCUAUACAGAAAAUUGCCUCGGAGAAGAAACUUCCAGAAUGCCCUCCAGUCGGCGAUCCACACACUUUAUCGAAGAUGAAUACUUUAAGCAGAUGUCCUCCUAGCAGACCAUCUGAAGUCCGUUUUAAAGUUCACGAUCCGAAGGCGCAUUCCAAAGGCGGUACUUUGGAGAACACCAUUAACGGAGGAAGAGGGGGAGCAGACGAAGAAAAUCCAGGUCCCCAUCCAAUACAUCCAGGAAAGGAUAUUAGCAAACUACUGGGAAUGACGCCAUCAGACAUCGACAAAUAUUCCCGUAUAGUUUUCCCGGUUUGCUUCGUUUGUUUUAAUCUUAUGUAUUGGAUUAUAUACCUUCAUGUUUCGGACGUCGUGGCUAACGAUCUGGUUCUUCUGGAAGAAGAUAAAUAGAGGGCGUUAUGUAUUAUCCACUAAUUUUACAGGUAUAUCAAUAAGUAAAUUAAAACAUUUAAUUGUAUCGUAUUUAAAACAAAAUCGUGAAUAUGAAUUUAUAAUUUGGAACUGUUGUUUCGAUUCUAUCAAUGAUACUAAAUAUGUAUAAUAUCCAUUUUAUAAUUUUUAUGAGUAAAAGAUGUUUUAAUUUAUUAAAUAAAAAGUAAAAUUAGUGGAUUAGGGUAAAUAUCUGAUGCUCAAAUUUCUCUGCUUGUGUAAUUCAUAGUUAGUGUAAUUAAAUUUUUAAUAACCUUAUAGUGAUAAAUUUAGUGAUUCGUUUCUUUGCUAGAAUUACUGCUAUGACAAAAAUAGGUAUCAUUUAAAAGCUGUAGUGGCAAGUCGUAAUAAAGAUAUUUCUAACAGUAUUAGUUUCCUUUUUUUAUCUUUAAAAAACAAUUAACUAUGGACUUCGCUUUCCGAAAAAUAAAUGCAUAACGAUUUUUGACGGAACAUCAAAUUUUGUAUUCGUUUUAAGCUGUUACAUGUUUAUCAAAACUCGAAUGCAUUUAUUGUGCUUAAGACUUGUUUACUUCUUUAGAACGAUCAGAAAAAAUUUGCACUAUAAGAUUUUCGUCUCCAUCAUCAUUGUAGAAAAAAAAAGUUGGAUUCUCAUUAGCUGCAUGCUCGAUCGAAAUUUCCUUUAUUCAAAACUCGAAAUCCCAGCAUGUACCUAAUUUUGUCAUACUAGAAAUUUUGUAAGUCUUUGAGGUAUUUAAAUUAAGCUUUUAAAUAUUUCUUUUUUAUCUUGACUAAUUAUAGACAUCACUUUAGGACUAAGUGAAAUAAGAAAAGCAAAUUAGACGAAUGUAAAUAGUUUCGAGUUUUUAAGGAAUGAAAAAAGCCAAUGUGAGCUGAUUUUAAUGUAAUGUUGUUCAGUUUGAUAGAAUAUUCUAUGCAUUUAUUUAUUCAUUAGUAAUGUAGAUUUUUUUUAUCUGAUUAAACGGAAGUAUGGCUAUUUCCUUUAGUAAUACCUUUUAAUAAAUCGUCAUUCCUGUUCCAAUUAUUAAAACUAUCAUUUCGCUUUCUUCUAUUUUAGUCAGUAGAAAAUUUCUAUCCAACAAGUAUGUUUUAAGCAUCAAUGAUGAAGCUUACUGUUGAAUUGUAUCUUUAUGCAAUUUUAUUAAUCCUACAAUAAUCAUUUUAAAUUAUUUCGCUUUUAUGGUAAAAUUAUUCUACGGAGUUUCAGAAUUUGAUUCACUAUUAUUCACACUAAUUAUUUCACUUCCUCUCUCAAAUGAAUGUCGAUGAUAUUCCAAUAAUUUAAACUCUUCAAUUUUGUAAAUUUCUCAGAUAAGUUUAUUAAAUAUAAUCUUUAUACAUUAGGGAUAAAUAGAUCUUAGCGAGCUAGAUUACAUUGUAGAUACGAGCAAAAUUGCUACAGAAUAAUAUGAAGAAUCUCGAAAUACCAAUAGAUAUAUAUGUAGAUAAUGUUAGACUUAAAAUAGUUUAAUCUAUAUCCACUAAGUAUUAGGUACUUAUAAGAUUUCAGAUAAAGUGUGACAUACACAAAAUAUUAGUUUAAGAUUUGAAUCCAAAGUAGGUAUUCGCCAUCUUAUAAGCGUAUUAACUUACUCAAAAUUAAUUAACAUGAUGCAAUAUUCAUAUGAUUUUGAUUGUAUAAAUAAAUGAUAGCAUAACCUGUAAUAUGUACUUGUAACUUUAUGCGUUGGAUUUGAAAAUUUCAUAAUUUAUCGAGACAACAAUUUGCAAAUUUGAUUUUCAAAAAAUUUGGAAAGUUUGGAAAGAUCUGAUUUCAUUCUUUUACUUUGGCAUUUUUAUUUGAUUUAUUUUGUCUGAGAUUUCGUGUGAUUAGGAUACUAAGAUUUUAAUUGAAUAAUAAUCAUUCAAUCAUCAAUUUAAUAAGAGAAAGUUAUAUAAAAACAAAACAAUAAGUUGAAUUUAAUGAAUAACUCAAUAAAAAUAAAUACGGGUACCUAGAAUUAACUAAUAAUAAUUUAAUGAAGUUUAGGAAAAUUAAAUAUUUCGAUUAAAUAAACUUUAAAAUAAAGUACACACAACAAAAACUGUAAAUUUAUAAUCCUGUAAGGAAAUUUGAAUGUUUUAACGUUUUAAUUAAUAUUGAAUUGAAUUAAAUUUACGGAAAUAGGUGGAACGAUUUGUGAAGAAUUAUUAUUUAUAAUAUAUUAAAUAGUAGGUAUUCUUAUUUUUAGGAUUAUUUAAAGCUUUAUUAGCUCGAGAAAAAUAAUUAUAUUUCUUUUAAAUAUCACUAUUUUAAUUUCACAUUCUGUAUGUAACCUUGUCUCCAAAUGAAUUCUGUGCAUUUGAAUGUUUUCAAUUUAUAUUUUACUAUCAAUCUUAUUGUGCAUGUGUAUGCGUUCCCUAACUUCCCUCUCAUUACAUUUUUGAAAUGAAUUCCUAAAGUUUGCGUCCUUAUUUGGUCAAAUUGAUAUCAAAAAUAGUUUCUCUUUGCCCUAAAUAACCAAAAUUAAUGUCUGUUUGGUUAAUCGCCAUUAAGCAUAGCAAUUAAUAUCCAUAUUAUAAAAUCAAAUAUUCUCAAUUUGAAAUUGAGCGAAUAAACACUAAUUGAAACACUUUAACCCCUAGCUAUAGCGUUAAGGAAUACAAAAUGAUAAAAAAAAAACAAAACGUUCAUUUUUACACAAACAAAGGUACAAAGUUAAAAAAAAAACAAAUAAGGCAUAUAACUUUUUUGCACUUCAAAUUUUAAUAUUUAAUGUAUAUUUAAUAAAAUGACUAUUUCUAAUUAAAUAUUUAAUGUAAAAGUGACAAAUUCUUAUGUGACUACGUAGCAUUUACCACGCAUUUUUAUAAUUAUUCAAAAAUGUUUAGAAGUAGACUUUGAGUGCGUUGGGGUUUGCUAAGAUCAAAGAUCUUUAGUUUAAAAUAGUGCAUAGCAAUAUUAUAGUUGGUGCACGUAAAAAUACAUUCAGACUAGUCUAUGAAAUGCGCGUAAUAGUCACACAUAAUAAUAAUAUAAGGAAUAAUACACUGCAGUAUUUCACCAAAACGUGUCUUUUGGAAUGAACAAAAUAGUUUAUGUAAGAUAAUGAUAUUAAUUCCGCUCGCGGAAUAACAAAACGCAUUUAGAAGCCACAGAGUGCCUAUGAUGUACAGCUGAAUAGCAAAUCCAUUUCCAAAAUUGAAUCUCUAACACUAAAGUAAAAGAAAACUUAAAAUUAAUAUAUCUUUACCAGUAACACAUUAAGUAGUGUUAAAGAUGCAACGCUUUCCUCCAUUGAUUUAAUUAGAUGAAGUAGCUUUUUGCUCGCUAGCAUUUCCAUUUAAGCUCAAGUAGUUACAGAGCCUAUUUACAUAUUGAGCAUUAGAAUGAGUCUGUGGACUUGGGAAGCCCAUCACUAGUCACAUCACUCAUGCAGGGUGUGUCUAUGUGAUCAUGUUUCCCAUUUUAACAGAAAUUAACACCCUCACUUAUCUGACAAGCAGGACUCCUGUCUUCAGCUACGACUUUCACAUCGAUUAUAAUCUACAAUUUUUUAUUAAUAGCUUUAAGACUAUUUAACCAUACUAUAAUACUUUCUAGUAUAUAAAAUAAUUUAGAAACCUAUUUAGCCCAAUUGAUCAAUAUUCCUUAAUUUCUGAGAACUGUGUAAUUCCCGCCUCGAAUUUUAUUGCACUCGGGGAUAUUUUAAAGAUAUAUGUAUAUAUUUAUAUACAUAUAUAUCCAUCUUUAUCUUAUUUAAAAUAUGUAUAAUAAAAAAUGUAGUAUGUAAUGAAUAUCGCAAAUUUGAUGUGUAUGUAUUUAGAAAAUAAUAUUAUUGUAAUGUGAAGCUGAAGGUAUAUAGUAGUAUCACUAUUAAAAAAAAUAUAUACUACAUAAAAAAAAAUUAUUAAAUAUAUGUAUUUAAAUAAUAUUAAGAAAAAUACGGCGUAUGCUGAAAUAUGUAUCGUGAGGUGUUGCACUAAUCUUCGUAUAGAUUAUGAAUUUCUUCACCACCAUUUAAAACUUGAAUUUAGUCUUGUGUUAAGAGUCUUAAGAAUUAUUAUAGCAGCGUGUAGAUUGUUUAGAAGUAGGAAAACGAUGUAGGAGCGUAUCUCCGAAACGAAAUUCUAAAAUAUUUGUCUAGUUUUUAGAUAAUAGUGUAAAUUUAGAUAUAAGGAUGUCCUUAAUCUAAUAAAUCAAAUGUGUAACUUUUUAUGUAUCGUAUCUGCAUUCGUAUGUGGUUUAUCCGACUGAGUAAAAUUUUGUAUUUUCACGGGCCCUUUGAGAAAUAGCUUUCACAGUAAACGUGCAGAAACUUACACGUGAAUAUUUCCAACAAAUUGGUGGAUUUCAAAAUUUAAAUUUUUUUAGUAAUAACGUAAUUUUGUUGGGAUUCACUAGAAAUUAAUAUUUGUAUGCACGUUAUAUUGAUGAACACAUAAUCAGUCAUUAUAGUCAUAGAAUAAUCUAUAAAUAGAUGAAGAAUGUACACUACUAUUCAGCACUGGUAAUAAAAGAAACCGCGAUGAGUAAGUCUGAGUUUCUGUUGCAGCAUUCAAAAUAUCUUGUUACCACUCAAAUUGAUAAUGAUUACUUUGAAUAAGGAUUAUUGUAUUUAAAUAAAACUGAGUAUGAUGAUAGUUGCUGUCUAUAAAAUUGUUUUUACGAUUAAUGGACUAAUCGAAAUUUCACUGUCAAUUUUAUAAUCGAGAAUAUUCGUCUAUUUUUCGGAAAGAAUGUAUCACCUGUUUACUAUAUUUAAUAAAAUCACAUGUUGUUAUUCGUUUAUUUAUAAACACUAUUAUAAUGAAAUAAAUUUAUGUAAAUUUAUUAUUUUAAUACUCAUGCUUAAAAUCUUAAUCUACUUUUUUUUCACAAAGCACUCAAUCUAUUUAAUGUAUGUAGAUCAAUAAAAAUAAACUAAUAAACGUCUCGUCAAUUC